CAGAUAAACGGUGAUGAUACAUUCAAAACGACCGCUCUCUCUGUCCGUCUCUGCGUCAUCACCAGUUCAUACCAGUGUGCAGUAAAACGCGCUUCGAGGAAAGUGAGAAAAUGGCGGAUGGAAUUCGAUUCUUCCAGUUGAACACUGGAGCUAAGAUCCCUUCGGUAGGGCUCGGCACGGGGCUGGCUCACCCUGGUAUCGUCGGCGAAGCCGUCGCCUCCGCGAUCAAGGCUGGAUUUCGGCAUAUUGAUUGUGCUAAGUUUUAUGGCAAUGAGAAGGAGAUUGGGUCUGCUUUGAGGAAGCUGUUUAAUGAUAGUGUCGUGAAGCGUGAGGACUUAUGGAUCACCUCCAAACUCUGGUGUACCGAUCACGCCCCAGAAGAUGUACAAGACGCAUUAGACAAAACUUUGCAGGACUUGCAACUUGACUAUCUGGAUCUGUAUCUAAUCCACUGGCCGGUUAGCAUGAAGAAGGGGUCAGUUGGCUCUGAUCCUGAAAAUCUUACCCAACCUGACAUACCAAGUACAUGGAAAGCAAUGGAGGCAUGCUAUGAUUCUGGAAAGGCUCGAGCUAUUGGAGUAAGCAAUUUCUCUUCAAAGAAGCUUGGGGAUCUGUUGGAGGUAGCACGAGUGCCUCCUGCUGUUAACCAAGUGGAGUGCCACCCUUCAUGGAAGCAGCCAGGAUUACAUGCAUUUUGUAAAUCGAAAGGAGUUCACUUAUCUGGGUAUAGACCAUUGGGUGCACCUAGUAAGGGGUAUAAGAUUGAGGUACUUAAGAAUCCAAUUCUCAAUAUGAUUGCAGAGAAAUUGGGGAAGACUCCUGCACAAGCAGCUCUUCGUUGGGGGCUACAAAUGGGUCACAGUGUACUGCCUAAAAGCACAAAUGAAGCAAGGCUCAAGGAAAACUUUGAUGUUUUUGACUGGUCUAUACCUGAAGAUUUGUUUGCCAGGUUGUCUGAAAUUGAGCAGGAGAGGCUAGGUAAGGGCACUGGAUUUGUUCAUGAGACGUUUGGUGCCUACAAGACCAUUGAAGAACUCUGGGAUGGUGAGCUGUAAGCAGACAUCAGAUAUUUGAAACAUUGUGGUAUUUCUUGCUCUGUUUGAUAACAAAUUACUAUAUUUUCUAUGCUUUUUCACUUGGUGGUUACAGUAGUUAGGGAUUGCAUAAAUUGUUUCUCCCUUAGAAAAUUGUAGUAAAUAACCGCAGGGGGUUGGCUCUAGUAGUAAGGGAUUUGCUUUUGUGGUAGUUCCAUGAGGUCUAGGCUUGAAUCUCAUUAAGUGUAUACAAUUCUUUGAGGCCAGCGAAAUCGGGGUAUUACCCGAUUCAUAUGGAGGGGGCACUUUACA